UCAGAUGCACCUCUCAUCAUCAUCAAGAACUCAAACAGUUCUCCUCAAAACAGAGAAGGUGCGGAAACAGAGGAACCCAAAAAUGAAAACAGAGGAGCGGCAAAAACAGAGUCAUUCAUCAAUGAAAACAGAGCCAAAACCCUCCAAUGCAUCGAGAAUAAGGUUUCUCCUUCUCCGACGCCAUUGAAAGUCUACAUGUAUGAUAUGAGUCCAGAGUUUCACUUUGGGUUAUUAGGUUGGAAACCAGAGAGAAACAACGACGUCGUUUGGCCUGAUAUCAGAGUCAAUGUUCCUCACCAUCCAGGUGGUCUUAACUUGCAGCACAGUGUUGAGUAUUGGCUUACGUUAGAUCUUUUGUUCUCUGAGCUCCCAGAAGAUUCUAGAAGCUCUCGUGCUGCGGUACGUGUGAAGAACUCGAGCGAAGCUGAUGUAGUGUUCGUGCCUUUCUUCUCUUCUUUGAGCUAUAACCGAUUCUCUAAGGUUAACCAAAAGCAGAAGAAGAGCCAAGACAGAGAGUUACAGGACAAUUUGGUGAGAUACGUAACGUCUCAAAAAGAGUGGAAGAUCUCAGGAGGGAAGGAUCAUGUGAUAAUGGCGCACCAUCCCAAUAGCAUGUCGACCGCAAGGCAUAAGCUAUAUCCGGCGAUGUUUCUGGUCGCUGACUUUGGUAGAUACUCGCCACGUGUCUCCAAUGUUGACAAAGACAUUGUGGCUCCAUACAAACAUCUUGUUCCAUCGUACGUUAAUGACACGUCGGGAUUUGAUGGCCGUCCGAUCUUGCUCUACUUCCAAGGAGCCAUCUACCGCAAAGCUGGUGGAUUCGUGAGGCAAGAGCUAUACUACCUUCUAAAAGAAGAAAAAGGCGUCCACUUCUCUUUCGGUAGCGUACGAAAUCACGGCAUAACCAAAGCCGGAGAUGGAAUGAGAUCGUCCAAGUUCUGUCUCAACAUCGCAGGGGAUACUCCAUCGUCCAACCGCCUCUUUGACGCCAUAGCUAGUCACUGUGUUCCCGUGAUAAUCAGCGACGACAUUGAGUUACCUUACGAAGACGUUCUUAACUACAACGAGUUCUGUCUCUUUGUCCGAUCAUCCGACGCUGUAAAGAAAGGGUUUCUGAUGGGUCUUGUGAGGAGCAUUGGUAGAGAAGAGUAUUAUAAGAUGUGGAAACGGUUGAAGGAAGUUGAGAAGUAUUUCGAGUUGCGUUUCCCGUCUUUUUGGAACCGUGAAAUGUCACUCACCAGACUGCUCCGAGUAAAGCCAUGAGAUGUCUCAUAUGAUAAUACUUCCUGUUACUAUCACUGAGUGCAUCAUGAAGUACAUCUUUCUCUUCAAGCGUCUCCUUAUACCCUGCAAAUGCAAUGAACUUUUUUUUCUUGCUUAGGAGGUCUGAGUGAGAUUUUAAGCAGAGAGU